GUCGAGGCCGGGCCUGGAGGCUCAGGACCCCCGCCUCCCUGAGAAGGAGCCGCAAUGGCCCUGGCAAUGCCGGCCCCGCAGGUGAUACUUUGACCUUCCUGAAACUGUUUCUGAAUACUUUUUGAAUGGACAUCCCCGCUACUCUCAAACUGCCUGAGAUGGCAAGUCCGGCGAUCAGCCCAGACUCUUCUUCCCAUGAAGGACUCUCCUCUGUCAACUCCAUGCCUGCAUGCUCCCCCACAUCUGAUUCUGAGAAUCUGAGCCCAGAUGAGUUGGAGCUGUUGGCAAAGCUUGAAGAACAAAACAGGCUUCUGGAAGCGGAUUCCAAAUCCUUGCGCUCCAUGAAUGGCUCGCGAAGGAAUAGUGGGUCCUCUUUGGUCUCGAGCUCUUCUGCCUCAUCCAACUUGAGCCAUCUUGAGGAGGAUACCUGGAUCUUGUGGGGGAGGAUUGUAAAUGAAUGGGAAGAAUGGCGGAAAAAGAAGGAAAAACUGCUCAAGGAGCUCAUAAGGAAAGGAAUUCCCCACCACUUCCGAGCCAUUGUUUGGCAACUUCUGUGCAGUGCCACUGACAUGCCAGUGAAGAAUCAGUAUUCAGAGUUGUUAAAGAUGUCUUCUCCUUGUGAAAAGCUGAUCAGGAGGGAUAUUGCCCGGACAUACCCAGAGCAUGAGUUUUUUAAGGGACAGGACAGUCUGGGCCAAGAGGUCCUCUUCAAUGUUAUGAAGGCUUACUCUCUAGUAGACCGUGAGGUUGGGUACUGCCAAGGCAGUGCAUUCAUCGUUGGACUGCUCCUGAUGCAGAUGCCUGAAGAAGAGGCAUUCUGUGUGUUCGUACGUCUGAUGCAAGAGUACAGAUUACGGGAGCUGUUUAAACCCACUAUGGCUGAGCUAGGGCUCUGCAUCUACCAGUUUGAGUACAUGCUGCAGGAGCAGCUGCCUGAACUGAAUAUCCACUUCCGUUCUCAAAGCUUCCUUACCUCUAUGUAUGCAUCAUCCUGGUUUCUUACCCUCUUCCUUACCACCUUUCCUCUGCCUGUGGCCACUCGAGUGUUUGACAUCUUCAUGUACGAGGGAUUGGAAAUAGUCUUCCGUGUGGGGAUGGCUCUUCUGCAAUUCAACCAGGCUGAACUGAUGCAACUGGACAUGGAGGGGAUGUCACAGUAUUUCCAGAAGGUGAUUCCUCAUCAGUUUGAAAACUGUCCUGAUAAGCUGAUCUUUAAGGCUUACCAGGUCAAAUACAACCCUAAGAAAAUGAAGCGACUAGAGAAGGAAUACACUGCAAUCAAAAACAGAGAGAUGGAAGAGCAAAUUGAAAUCAAGAGGCUCCGUUCUGAGAACCGUCUUCUGAAACAGCGAAUUGAGACCCUGGAGAAGGAGAGUGCUGCUUUGGCAGAUAGAUUGAUCCAGGGCCAAGUUACGCGCGCGCAGGAGGCUGAAGAGAACUACAUCAUCAAGCGAGAACUGGCAGUGGUUAAGCAACAGUGCAGUUCAGCAACCGAGAAUUUGCAGAAGGCUCAAAGCACUAUUCGGCAAUUGCAGGAACAGCAGGGAAAUCCCCGCUACUCUGAGGAGUUUGUGAGUCAUCUGGAAACAGAGUUGGAACAGUCACGUUUGCGGGAGUCCGAGACCCUGAGUGCGCUUAAAGAGAUGCAGGACAAAGUGCUGGACAUGGAGAAGAAGAAUAGCUUGCUUCCUGAUGAAAACAAUGUGGCCCGCCUUCAGGAAGAGCUGAAGGCUAUGAAAGUGCGGGAGUCUGAGGCUAUGAAAUCCUUUCGGGAACUGCAGCAGCAGGUGAAGGAGCUCAACGACAAUUGGCAGGCCCACCUGAGCCGCACAGGCGGGCGAUGGAAGGAGUCUCCUCGCAAGAACACGAUGAAUGACCUCCAAGACGAAUUGAUGAGCCUCCGUCUGCGUGAGACGCAGGCGCAAGCUGAAGUCCGCGAACUGCGCCAGAGGGUGGUGGAACUUGAAACCCAGGAUCAGAUCCACAGCAACCAUUUAAACCGGAUGGAGCAGGAGUGUGCUGGGCUGCAUGAAAAGGUCCAAUACCUUACGGCCCAGAACAAGGGGCUGCAGACCCAGCUGAGUGAGACCAAGCGCAAGCAUGCCGAAUCCGAGUGCAAGAGCAAAGAAGAGGUGAUGGCUGUGCGCCUGCGAGAAGCCGACAGCAUGGCUGCAGUGGCAGAGAUGCGGCAGCGGAUUGCUGAGCUGGAGAUCCAGAGGGAAGAAGGGAUGAUUCAGGGCCAGCUCAACAACUCCGACUCCUCCCAGUACAUCCGUGAACUCAAGGAUCAGAUUGAUGAGCUCAAGGCAGAGCUGCCUAUUUCUGUGCAGGGCCUCCAGCUGGAGAACAGACAUAAGCGACUGGGGCUUACAAAACUGCUGAUUUCCUCAGGAGCUGAUAGAGAUCAGAAGUCAGCUUUUAAGAUUCGGCUGAUGAAGGGACAGAAGCCUUUCGAGGACUCCAUGGGCUUUGACGGCAUCCACAUUGUGAGUCACCUGGCGGUGGAUGACGACUCGCUGCACUCCUCUGACGAGGAGCUGCUGACCAGCCCCAUGGUGGUAGGUGCCCUGCAGGAUGUCUUGUAUCCGCUGUCGCCCCACAACACGCACUUUCUACGGGGGGCCGAGAGCUCCGGCAAGGAGAGCGACGGCACCACGGAUAGCGAUGCAGACGACCCUGCCUCUGCCACCGAGCCCAAUGGCGAGAUCAUCUUCGAAGAAGCCCUGAGCAAAUGAGGGAGAGGUGCUGCCGUCCCAAGUCUGUCUGGAAGGCACCAGUCCCCUCUGGCCACGCUGUACUGAGCGUGUGGAGGUCAUAGACAGAUCACGCAAGACGGAGCGGAGGGCCCCCUUACCCAGUGAAUACCGUGCCCCCGAGGUGGCAUGGGGGACAGACAGUCCUACAGCUGGCCUGCAUUACAUGGGCCACAUCCGCUGAUCAUUGUCUGCACUGCCUUUUUUUCCAGCUCUAUUGUCACUGGUAGUUCAAAUCCAUGUAUUGACCUCAUUCACAUCCCCCACCCACC